GACAUCAUGAUUGAUACAGACAGUGACUGCAGUAGCAUUGGCCCCUUUUCUCCUACUCUCUCAAAUGUGUCGUUGAGGUCACACACAUGUACUCCGGAACUCAGAGAUGAAAACUUUUAUUGUAGCGACUCAAAUGAUUCACAUUUUAGUCCUGCAUCAACCCCAGAGCCUCCACCAGAUGUAUUUAAGAAACCUAAAAUUAUAUUUAAUGCCCCCACAUCAACUGCAUCAGAUGAACGACUCAGAGAUGAAAAUUUUUGUAAUGAUUCAAAUAAUACACCUGUCAGUACUUCAGUAACCCCAGAGCCACCACCAGAUGUAUUUAAGAAACCUAAAAAUAUAUUUAUUGCUCCCACCACAUCAACUGCAUCAGAUGACCAGAAGAAGAUGUUGUUACUCCAGGUUCAGGGAAAAAUUAGCCUGUUUGUCCGUAGUAACUGGACAUCUGUUGUGGAUGUUGAUGGCAUUCACAUUCUCAUGUUAUCUAAAAAAUUUGAGAAAUCUGUGCAGAGAAGACUCUACUUUUCAAGUGCAGGAGACUUCCAGCUUAGUGUGCACUGCAAGCCUAUCAAUGAUAAAAAUCUAUUUUCUUCCAUAAGACCAAAAAAGGCCCUCACUGAAGAAAAUCUUGACUACUUUGUUGAUAGAAUUGCUGAUGCUGUGAAUUGUAUUUGUAAUUUAGAGAUUUGCACGGGUGUUUCUUGUGAAGAGUUCAAAUUAGUGUGGCAUGAUUUUUCAGGGGGAGUUAUUGAUAAGAAUCCUUAUCAAGAAAAUCGUUAUUCAGAGACUUGUCGUUCUCAUGAAUGUGAACUGUUAGUGACCCUUAGAAGUUGGCGUUGCAAGUCUUGUACUGCUAUAUACAAGCCACUCCAACGGAAAGCAGAAUUGGAUGCUAAGGAAACUUUACAUCCCAAUGUACCCAAUGCAGCUAUGCCUGAAAAGCACAAAAACAAGAAGCUCAUCAACCAACAAAAAUUAGUAAAAAGUCAGAGAAGGAAAUUGGACAGGCAGGCUACCAAAAUACAAGAGCUACUGGCAAAAGAAGCAGUGCUUGUUGAUAAGGACACUUCUGAUGACUUUCUGGAAAUACUGUCUACUGCUGAUUUAACAGAGGAGCAGUCCCUGUUCCUACAGCAGCAAAUGAAAGCAUCAAAGGUCAAGAAAGCGUGUGGGAUGAGAUGGCAUCCCACUAUGAUCCGGUUUGCUCUCCAAAUAUACAUGAAUUCCAAGAAAGUGUAUGCCUCUCUUCAGCAGACAGGCAUGAUAAGGCUGCCUUCGCAAAGGACCCUCUUUGAUUACAGCCAUGUUAAGCCAGUAAAAGAAGGAGUUGACUAUACUACAGUAGAGUUUAUUCAUAAAAGAAUUGUUCAGGAGUUCAAAGAAGAUUAUCAGAAGUAUCACGUAUUGAUGUGUGAUGAAAUGUAUAUCAGUAAAAACCUUGUCUAUGAAAAGUCUACUGGCCGCAUUGUAGGAUUUGCUAAUGUUUCUGAAGUUAGAGAGGAAUUGCAAGCACUUAAAUCUUUUUUAAAUAAUGAAGAUCCCUCCAAAGUGUCUCAACACAUAGCAAGCAAAAUAUUAUCAUUCAUGGUUAAAGGAGUUGCUACUAAUGUGAAAGAGGUGGUGGCUUCAUUCACUGUUGAUCAGCUGACAAAGGAACACUUAUAUGCAUGGAGCUGGGAAGUUAUUGGGAAACUUGAAGCAGCUGGUGUAGAAGUAAUAGCAUUUGUCAUGGAUGGGAGCUCUGUGAAUAGAGCCUUCAUUAAAAUGCACACACCUGUAUCAGAAACUGAGAGUGAGGUAGUGUAUGAUACAAUGAACAAAGCUGCUCCUCAUCGAGUACUUUACUUUAUAUCCGAUGUUCCUCAUCUCUUGAAAACCAUCCGGAAUUGUUUCCAGAGGUCUACUGAGAAGAAAUUUGAGAAGAGAAAUGGAAAAGUCAUCUGGAAAAGGUGUAUGCAAAAAAAUGGUCAGUAUAUUUUAUGGAAAACAAUUGUGAGAAUCUACAAUACAGAAAAGGAUAAGCCCCUUCGACAGUGUUACAAACUAAACGCUAAUACUGUAUUUUUGAAUGCUUACUCGUGCAUGAAUGUGUCAUUGGCAGGACAUGUUCUGAGCAGCACUGUUGCUAAUUACUUACAACAGGAAAAUUGGCCAAAUACAAGUGAGACUGCUAACUUCAUAAGGAAAGUCAAUGACUGGUUUGAUAUGAUGAAUGGUAAUUAUUUCACGGAGGGACAACGCAAGAGAAAUCCAAACCUGGAUCCUUACGAAGAUAAAAAUGAUCCUAGAUUUCAAAAAUUAGAAGAAUUUCUAGAGUAUCUAAGAGAAUGGAAACAUGAAGCUGAAUUCUGUGCUGCAAAUGAAACCAUGAAUAGAAGUGUAGUAAGUUCUUCUUUUCAAAACAAUCCUGAUGAUCCUGAUAUUGAUCCCAGUGCUGCAGCUGUUGGGCUGGAGGAAGAGGAUGAAAUGGCGAGCCCUGCUAGUAUGCGACAACUAAGUUACCAAACUAUUGAGGGAAUUGAAAUUGCAGUCCGUGGUUUCACUGGAGCCGUUCAGUUUUUGCUGGGGGUGGGAGUGAAAAAAAUUAAUGCAAGAGUAUUUUGCCAGGAUCCGAUUGAACAAUUCUUCAGUAAACAGAGGUACAAGUGUGGGCGUAAUCCUUCUCCAACUGUUCAACAGUUUUUAAGGAACCAGGGCAUGAUUCACACCCAGGGUGAGAUGGGAUCUAGAAGAUGUUUUGGCAAAGGAAAUACUCAGCUUUCUGACAGAAAUAUGGAGGUAACUUAUGAGCCAUUACCAAAGAGAAAAAGCCUAUUUUCUAUUACUUUGCCUGUAGAAUAAUAAGUUUGAUGAUAUUUUGUUGUCUUCUGGUUAACCAAUGGGAGAAGUCUCUUAUGUGAUUUCAAUGUAAAAUGUUGUGAUACUAAUCAUAAGUGGAUUGAAUGCAAUGUAAAUAUGAUACAUGAUUAUAGAAAUAUUUGUUU